AAAUAAGGUAAAACAGCUGAGUGCUGUUUGCAUUUAAAAACAAGUGAUUUGUUUACUUUUUUAUCUUGCUGCAAAUCAACCAAAACAAAACAAUGGCACUGUUCAGAGACUGGAGAUCACCCGGAGAAAAAUGGAUUAGGACAGACUUUGGAUGGAGAAGGCUGGCUGAAAUAAAGAACAGUCUUAACCAGCAACUGCGUCGUCAGUUUAGUACAAGCAGUGGCUCAUCUUCUAAAGCUUCCAGUACGAACAGCAGUAAGAAAGUGUCCAGAGCUACUAGUCCAUCCCAGGAGAGCAAGCAGAGACCAAAGGUUCAGGUGAUAUGGAGCGAGGGAGCAGCCAAACCGUCACACUACUCUAAAGAGACUGAACUUAUUGAUAAACAGGUCAAGCGAUUGAACCUCCUGCUAGAUCAGCGAUGUGUGUCUGCAAGGUCUUCAUCAAAAGAAAGCAGUCACUACUCAACUAUUUCUGAUGCUGUCAAUAAGCUUAAUUUUGAACAAGCUCUGAAUAACGACGGCUGCUUCCCCUUUAUAUGCCAGGUAGUUGCUCUCAUCUUUAAGACGCCUCAACCUACACUCAGUGGAAGCAUGCAGAAUGUCCUACUUAGGCUCAUGGACAGAGCAAAAGACAUCUGCAUCUCUUCUAAGAAGUACAGUGGCCUUGUCUUCAAAAUGAUGGAAAGUGCAAUUUCAUCAUUUGAGAAAUUGCGACAGAACCAGUUCAGCAGCUUUGGUGUGAGAAAUGUGGACAGCAAAAUUAAGUCUGUGUUGAAGAUGAAGAGACAACUACAGAGCAGCUUGAAUGAAGACAAUCGUCAAAAUAUCUUACAAUUGGAGCUGGAUGAUCUACCAGUUGACUGCAUACAGCAUAUUGCUACGUACUUGACUCAUCCAAAAGACCUUUUGAACCUUGGAGCAACAAACAUGAGAUUUCAUGAGAUCACUGAAGACUAUCACAUUUGGAGGAGGUUGACUCUAUUCCACUACGGACAGGUAAAAGCAUCGACCGACAGGAAAAAUUCCUUUAUGGAACAGUACAGAGACAGAGAUGGCCACCUGAGAUGUGAAGUAUCUGCAGCUGGUUGGUGCAAGGUGUGCAAUUUUGUGUUCUGGAAGUCAUAUGGUCAUCCCUGUCUUGCUGUGAAUGAGGAAACAAAGAUUAGAGGGCCACAGGAACAGUAUCUUACUCCCGAACAAUUUUUUCAAUUAUUUGUUUUUUAAAUGUAUAAUUAUGAUUUGAACACUCUAUCUUGAUUUGAAUGACUC